AUGAGUGACAAAUAUUCAGAUACGAGAUUCUUUUUCGCCAAACUUGGUUGUUGUAUUCCUGUCGAGUCGUACGCGUGGAUUAUAAUCGUUCUUUUCCUCUGCUUCCUAUUCGUUUUGCUGUUCUGCUUGCUGGCAACAGCAACAGUUCGCUGGCUUUACAAGCGUCGAAUGCGCAAACGAUUGUCGGUGUUGAAGGAAAAAUAUACACUCGAGCAAAAAAUGAAAUUCGAGUUUGAGAAUCGACUAAGCUAUCUCGCCGCGAAGCAUCAAAUCAAUAAAAAAAACGUGGGAAUCGCGAAAAAAUCGACCGAGCCUCAACCAUCGGCGUCGGGCGGCAACUCGAAAAACAUUCGGAUGACAUAUCCGACGACACACACGCGCCCUCGUCAAUUAUUCCGAAAUCAGAGGGAUUCGAGUGUUGAUGACACACCGGUGGCGAUGAGCGCCCUUCCAAGCGAUACAAAAUUAGCCGAGCCGAAAAUCGUUGAACGACCGCCAAGCAUCCAGCGGGUGGUUACUGUCAAUCAAAGCCAGGAGCCGCCACCACCGCCACACUUCUCUGCACCAAUGGCGCCAGUCCCGUCGCCACCCGUGCCAACGCCGCCACCACCACCACCGCCACACGCUGUUGUCGCCGCCGUCUCCGCACCGCCAAUGUUCACCCGGGCUCUGGCGCCGCCAAGCAAACCCACCACCAUCGCCACCACCACCGCCACCAGUUUGGAGCACGCCCAUUCGCCGUCUGAGCCGAUCGCCAGCACGCCGAAAUCGUCGGCGACGAACGAAGUGAGCCCGACGUCGUCGAGCCAGUACAAUCAGGCGGUUCGCGACAGCUCCGAGUCGGAGCCGCCGAAAGUCGACUACUCGUCGAACAACAUUGUCAGCCCGCCGAUGGAAUCCGACAAGGUGUCGUCGCGUCGAGAAGCGGCCGGUGGCGCGCGAAAGGAGCUGAAGUAUUGGAUGGCGAUGAGCUCGAAGACGUUCUCGACGAGCGCCAGCUCUCGCGGUUGGACUUUGGACUCGACGGGCACCGAUCGAUAUCAGAAGGCGGCGUCGACCAAUUCAAGUGUUCAAGUGCGCUCGCAUCUCUCACAAUAUAAAACCGCUUCCGAUUCUGGAAGCGACAAGUUCCGACAUGGAGCAUUUGUGUUUGACACAUCGAACACCUCAUAA